AUGUCGCGUCGAUAUGAUACCAAAACAACUACAUUUUCUCCUGAAGGACGGCUGUAUCAAGUCGAAUAUGCCAUGGAGGCAAUUGGCUUGGCAGGAACGUGCUUUGGAAUACUUGCUGAAGAUGGUAUUGUGCUUGGUGCGGAGAGAAAGAUUACUAAUAAACUACUAGAUGAAAUACCCUUCUCGGAUAAAAUUUACAAGAUUAACGAGAAUAUGGCCUGUAGUGUUGCUGGAAUCACUUCAGAUGCAAACGUUCUCAUAAACGAAUUACGACUCAUCGCUCAAAGGUAUUUGCUUAAUUAUCAAGAACCGAUACCUUGUGAGCAAUUGGUUAGUCAUUUAUGCGAUAUUAAGCAAGCCUAUACCCAGUUUGGUGGUAAGAGGCCCUUUGGAGUUUCUCUUCUCUAUAUAGGAUGGGAUAGACAUUAUGGAUUUCAGUUAUAUCAUAGUGACCCUAGUGGAAACUACGGCGGCUGGAAGGCUAAUUGCAUUGGCAACAAUAACUCAGCGGCCAUGGCUAUCUUGAAGCAGGAAUACAAAGAGGAUAUUAAGAUUGACGAUGCCUUGAGUUUAUCCAUGAAAGUGUUACAUAAAACUCUAGACGUAUCUAAAUUAAGUCCGGAAAAAGUUGAAAUGGCUACAUUAACUAGGAAAAACGGAAAGACUGUUAUACGUGUGUUAAGUAAUGAGGAAUUAAAUAAAUUAAUUGAAGAUUACGAGACAAAGCUUAAGGCUGCCGAAGAAGCUAAGGAAAAGGAAAAGAGUAAAAAGCCAAGUUCGUAA